UUUUCCGGACAAGGGCCUUGCAUUCAAACCGAAAGCGCGGAACAACUUACAACAAGUGUUCAAACGGUGCGUUGUUUCGUUCGAAAUUCGAGUUCCAGCUCCAGGUCGCCGAUAAGCUAUCAAUUGAGCCGAAAUGCUACUGUUGAAAUGUUAGCCCCAAAUUUUACCUACACUCAUUGCCUCGCUCCCAACAAUGGCAGACGUAAAGGUCGAAGUUUUGCCUGGUCCUUUCCUUCAGCUCGGCGAAGCUCCGCACUGGGACGUGGAGUCACAGAGCCUGUACUACGUUUGCAUUCUCGGCAGCACACUGCAUCGGUACGAUUGGAAGGAAAACCAAACCUACACCGCUAAGCUCGAAGGCAGCACGUAUGCCUCAUUCAUCAUUCCGGUGAGUGGACGGCAGGGCGAGUUUGUGGUGGGCAGUGGAACGCGACUGUUGCUGGUGGCCUGGGACGGAUUGGCCCCGACAGCCACGAUCGUUAAGGUGCUCACCGACCUGGGCGAAGAGGAAGCCGAUCACCGGUUCAACGAUGGCAAAGUGGAUGGGCAGGGUCGGCUGUACGCGGGCACAAUGCUGGCCGAGGACUCGCGGAACCAUUUCGAGAUGGACGACGGUAAGUUUUACCGGUUCGAUGCUGGCCGCGGGCAAAUGGUGCCACUCAAGAGCAAGGUACACAUCUCGAACGGGUUGACCUGGAGUGCGCGACAGCCCGCCAAGCUCUACUACAUCGAUUCGUUUGCGUUCGACAUCAAAGCGUACACGGUGGACGCGGAAGGCAAUCUCGGUGGGGAGACGGUACUGAUAAAGCUGAAGGAUGACGAGGCGGCGACGGAGUUCAUUGCGGACGGGAUGACGAGCGAUGCCGAGGGCGACCUGUACGUGGCCGUGUUUGCCGGUUCGAAAAUCAUCAAGAUAAAUCCGGAGUCCGCCAAAAUAGUCCAGGAAAUUGCGCUGCCGGUCGCUCAGGUAACAUCUGUCGCGUUUGGUGGCCCCAAUCUGGAUGUCUUGUUCGCGACGACGGCCGCCAAAGAGAUUUCCAUCCCACAAGAGCCACCAGCUGGAGCGGUUCUGAAGAUUACCGGCUUAGGCGCACGUGGCCUUCCAAUGAACGAGCUUCAACUUCCGUAAACCACCGACCUGCUCAACAUCUUCCUCGACAACCUCAGCUCUGGCGUGACAAUUAAUCCGAUCCAAGAAGAUGUCAUUCUCCGGGUCACAAGUUUCGGGUGAGUGUGAAAUCUUAGCGUCGGCUGGUGGCGGCAGUAAUCAUUUCAAUUUCCACUCGAUAAGCGCCACAACACGCAACGGCCCCAAACAGUGUCGCAUCUUGUGUGGACCAGUCUAGCCGGACUCACUGUAGGACACGGUAUGAUUUGAUCACAAUAACAAUAAGUGCACCAAUUUUGGGCUAAAUGUUGAAUAAAUAAAGGAUUUACAUACACCCCGAGGAUCAUCACCCGAAA